CGAAGUGAACGAAUUCGCGGGGAGAGGCUCGUUGAAGCCCGGGGCCGAGAGUUAUGACGAGCUCGUGUGUUGGAGGACGAGGAAUUUACGCGCAUGUGUCCAGUGGGAUUUAGUGUCAGCGACAAACCAUUCUUCCCAGAUCUGGAUACCUUGCUCUCGACGUCUACCGGACCUGGAUUAUCUCAUGUCAGGAUGGCGCUGGCGCGGCUUGCGGUGAGCGACUGUGCGCCUCAAACGUCGCGGGUCAGCUCAAACUUGCACAGCAGCAGUAGUAUGGCAGUAAGCCGCGUACCUAGCCCUCCACCACCGGAAGUGAACACCCCCGUGGCCGAAAAUUGGUGUUACACGCAGGUCUUGUGUGCACAGGUGAAGGUGGUUAAGUUCAGCUACAUGUGGACGAUAAAUAACUUCAGCUUUUGCCGGGAGGAAAUGGGAGAAGUGCUAAAGUCGUCCACGUUUUCAGCAGGAGCCAACGAUAAAUUAAAAUGGUGCCUAAGAGUGAAUCCUAAGGGUCUGGACGAGGAGAGCAAAGACUACCUGUCUCUAUAUCUCCUUCUCGUUUCGUGCAACAAAUCCGAAGUCAGAGCAAAGUUCAAAUUUUCUAUUCUUAAUGCCAAAAGAGAAGAAACCAAAGCAAUGGAGAGCCAGCGUGCUUACAGGUUCGUCCAAGGUAAAGAUUGGGGUUUUAAGAAAUUCAUUCGAAGAGAUUUCUUGUUGGACGAAGCCAACGGACUCUUGCCCGACGACAAACUCACGAUAUUCUGUGAGGUAUAUACCUUUGUGAGCGUGGUGGCGGACAGCGUGAACAUUUCCGGGCAAAGCAACACCAUACAGUUCAAAGUUCCAGAGUGUCGGCUGCCGGACGACCUCGGGCUUCUGUUUGAAAACCAAAAAUUCAGCGACGUCACGUUGACCGUGUGCGGGAGGGAGUUUCAGGCGCACAAAGCCAUCCUCGCAGCGCGAAGUCCCGUUUUCUCGGCGAUGUUCGAGCACGAGAUGGAGGAGAGGAAACAGAACCGCGUGGACAUCACCGACGUGGAUCACGAGGUGCUGCGGGAGAUGUUGCGGUUUAUAUACACCGGGAAGGCGGCGAAUUUGGAGAAAAUGGCGGACGACUUGCUGGCCGCGGCGGAUAAGUACGCGUUAGAGAGGUUGAAGGUGAUGUGCGAGGAAGCGUUGUGCACGAGCUUAGCGAUCGAAAACGCGGCUGACAUUCUGAUCCUCGCCGAUCUUCAUAGCGCCGAUCAACUCAAGGCACAAGCCAUAGAUUUUAUUAACACACACGCGACGGACGUGAUGGAUACGGCAGGUUUUAAGUCAAUGGUGAACUCUCAUCCGCAUCUGAUAGCGGAAGCGUUUCGGGCGUUAGCCACUCAACAAAUUCCACCGAUCGGACCGCCCAGGAAGCGGGUGAAACAGAGCUGAAAACAGUCACCGUUAACACCGGGAACGACCUCCACAUCGCCCCCGCCUAUUUUGCAUCCCUCGUGACUUCUUUUUGUGUACAGUGAUACAAGUAGUGCUAAAUAAAUGUUUCCUAGUGCGCCAUUUUUCCUCUGGCCCACUUGAGAAGGGACCGCGACGGAGAACUCUGUCUCCUCAUGGGGGUCUCGAACCAUGUCAGAGAUGCUUCGAGCAAGCUUGAUCGAAGUCUGCGAAUUCGAUCCCUCGAAGCGGAGUAACGCGAUUAAACUUAACGGUUACACACAGACUUUGUUGCAAUUCGAUGAAAUCGUCGUUGAAAGGAGAGCUAUCACACGAAAGGAGGAGAGAGAAAGGCGGCGGACACGUGUAUAUUGAGAAAUCAUUUUGAAAAUGACUAAACCAAACGAAUGCUGUUUUUCUUUUUUUUUUGUCUCGGCCGGUUGAUACUGGUCUGAGAAAAAUUUCUGAUACUUCGCAUUGUGCGUUAAAACGUUACCGUUCUCGUGCGUGAGGGGGGCAUGUGCUUCCAUCCACCGACACAUGCAGAGCGCAACUAUGUCAGCGACUUGUCAAUGCGCAUCAUUACGGUCUCACAAUGGAUUUGCUUUCGUUCUUCGUUCGAAGAGAGCGCGCGAACCAUCUUCUGCAUUAUGAGAAAAAGACACCGCAAAAAAAAAAAAAAAAAAAAAAAAAAAAAAAGCAGCCAGAGGACCAAGGCGAGAUUGAAACUCGCUGAAACAUUGCUACACACACGCAUAUACACUCACACGCGAAGAGAAAAAGAUACACACGUAAGAUGCACGGAAGGAAGGAUGUUGUGAUAGAACGUCGUUCAGACGAUUGAAGCAAAACGAUUUUGUUCCUUUGUUGAAAAGAGAAAAAAAAAAAAGAAAAGAAGAAUCAAACGAGAUGUCCCACACUUGUUCGACGUGUACGCAAGUUACGAGAAUAAAAAUAGAUAUGUUUAUUACCGAUAUAGUGAUUUUUUUAGUUUUUAAAUGGAAAAUGAAAAAAAAAAAAAACAAGGGAAAACGAGAACGUCGAAUUCUUCCAGGAACGAAGAAAAAAAUGAUUCUAGUUAGUGUUUUUUAUGAUCUCUUUCUCUCAGCAUGUACGACUACAACUAUGAUUACUAUUAAUGCUACGCAAUCUGUGCCCCGUAUUUUUUUUUCUUCUUUUGAUCUGCAACCGUCACCAUUUGCCCCAUCCUCUAAUUCCCAUCUCUGAUUCCCAUCCUCCUUUAUCGCUAGGCACAGUUUGUUUUGUUUUCUCGAGUAUUGCAUAGUACACGAAGUGAUAGAUUCGAAUUAUAUUAUUAUUAUUAUUAUUAUUAUUAUUAUUAUUAUUAUUAUUAUUAUUAUUAUUAUAUUAUUAUUAUUAUUAUUAUUACUAUUAUGAUUAUUAUUAUAUUAAAUUUAGGGUUGUCCAUAAUUUAUCAAAUUUUAUGUUGAUUAUUAUUGAAAUGUCUAUCAUACUCGUACGCAGGAUGCAUGCAUUAAUUAGAGAUGUUGGAAGUAUUCGUUGUAUCAAACAAUGAGUGAAGUGAAGUCAAUGAAAUACGUUGUCAACAAAAUCGAGAUAACGAAGGACAGACACUGAAAGAAAAAAAAAAAAAAAAGAGGAGAGAAUUAAAUUGAACUAUGUAAAAAAAAAAUAAAAAAGUUAGUCAAUUAUAUAGUACGAGAAUAAUAAUCGUUUUUCGUGUAAUUAAUUAUCAAAAUCGCAAAAUCGUGUGGUCAAUGAUGUGAAUUAUGGGCAACCGGCAGAAUACGCAAAACAAUAAUCAUCAUUUAGUACCGUACUGGCUUCCUGAUCCUCCGACCUAGCUUUACCGAACGUUUUAAAUACGAGAUAUAAAUACCUACCAUUACAAAGGAUCGAAGAUUUAAUGCCAUACAUGUUCUGUGAUAAGACCACUGUAAUUAACCGCAAUUGUAUCACAACCUUUUUAGAACUUUCUGACGAUCCUGGCAGCCAGUGAAUUUAUCUUUUAAGGAAACGGUCGCUAUAUCCGGACAGUCCCAAAUCUAGCGUCCCUUUCGAUUUUAAGGUUUUUACUGUACAUAUCUACUGUAUUUUAUAAGAACUGAACAGAAAUGGAACCAUAACUUUUAAUGAAGGGUACAAUAAUCAACUAUAAUUUAUUCUAUUUUACAGACUGUGCUAAACUCAUGUUCCUUGAAACACACUAGCAAUGCUUUAAGUAAAUGUAAUGUAAUUACGACAAAUUAAUACGAUUAGAUUAUAUAUGUGUAUCUCGUUUUUUAUCUCGACACAUGCAUACUGUCGUGCAGCCGUAAUGUAUUUCUGUCGAGAUUAAAAGGAAUAAUUAAAACAGAGAGAAAAAAAAAGAAAAAAAAAAGGAAUUCCUACGGAAACAUAGUUAGGGAAGGUUUUUCCACCGUUUUUUACACGAUGUUUAUUUCAGUCGUAGUAGGUUGUUAAGGCUUACAAAAUGAUGAAACGAACGGAGAAACGAAAAUAAAUGGAAAAUAAAAGCAAAAGGAAACAAUGAAACAUGUAAGCGGUUUAAGGAACAGAUUUUGGUCACGUGUGCUCGCUCAGAUUUUAAAGAUGAUAAACAAAGAAAAAAAGAAAAAGAACGAAAAAAUUGUCUACGUCCAUUCUACUACCCAUGUUCUAUCUUUGGGACUGUGCGGCGAAAAGAAAAAAAUAUCUCAUGAAACUCGUAAUGUUGAAUGUCUUUUUCCUAAAAACGAAAAACUAAAUAUUAAUACCGUACGACAGUUUGAAAAAAAAAAAAAAAAACAUUAGAUGCAAUUCUUUUUGAACCAAUCUGCAUGAGCGUAUGACUGGAUAAUUUUGUAAACUAAGUACAAGUAAGACAAGUGUUACCUCAUCAUGAAAACCAGCAUGUUCGUGUCGUACUAGCUACUACUGCGCUGCUGUCUGAUACACUUCCAUUGUAUAUUGCAUUUAAACCCGAAGAAAACAAAGAAAGCUUUUUGUAACGAAUAGUUCAGCAGUGGUAGCUUUUCAAAGUACGCGGCUGCUGUUCAUCGAACCCAGCUCAUAUAAACGUUCAUUUUUCCAUUUACUUUAAGUCAUUGCACCACAUCAAAUAAAUGACAUUUUCAUUAUAUAA